UCACCUGACGGGGUGGGUAAACAGAUAGGUAUAUAGCUUCUACCUCUCCAGGCAGGCCAGGAACAGACACCAAGGACAGAGACACUGACUAGCUUUGAUCCUAGGCCACCUUCCUUACUGUCACCAUUAUGAAGCUGCUUGCAAUGACUGUGCUGCUCCUUACCAUCUAUAGCCUUGAAGGAGCUUUGGUUCGGAGACAGGCAGAAGAGUCAAGUCUGCAGAGCCUGUUCUCUCAGUACUUCCAGACCAUGGCUGAUUAUGGCAAGGACCUGGUGGAGAAGGUUAAGACCCUAGAGCUUCAGACCCAAGCUGAAGCUUACUUUACAAAGUCAAAGGAGCAGCUGACACCCCUGGUCAAGAAGGCUGGAACUGAUCUAAUUAACUUCUUCAGCUAUUUCCUGGACUUGGGAACACAAUCUUCUGCCCAGUGAGUUGUCCAGACCAUUGUCUUCUGGCCCCAGAUGGCCUCUAUAACACCCACUGUCCAGGCCUAAAGCCCCUCCCUCUGUUUGCCCCGUUUGCUACAAUAAAUGCUGCAGGAGUCAA